AUUUUGUCAAGAAAGUGAGGAAGGCUAGCAUAGACUCGCUUCCACCGGAGUGGAGGAAGAGUCCUCCACAGUACUCGCCUUUUGGUUCGCUCGUCACCGAUCCAAAAGUAGGCAACCUUCGAUACUCAAAACCCUUGUUUUCUUCCUCAACAUUCCUGACCACAUUGUUCCUCGCAGCCUGUAGCAGAAGUAACUGUUGGCUGAUUAUAGAUGGCACCCAAUCCAAAAGUGGUAGCGGCCUAUCGGGCAAUGGCAAAUCUUGGGAUUCAUGAAUCGAAAGUGAAACCAGUAUUGAAGAAACUACUUAGAUUGUAUGAUAAAAACUGGGAACUUAUCGAAGAAGAGAGCUAUAGAGCUUUGGCAGAUGCAAUCUUUGAGGAGGACGAAAAUAAGGUGCCAGAGCUGGAGCAGAAAAAGAAAAGCAAGAGAGUUGAUGAAGCAGAGGUAGAUGAUGAAGAAGCUCAUAUGCAUGAUGAGCCAUUGCGACCAUUGAAGAGGUUGCGUUUAAGAGGCCAAGAGGUUCAAUCUUCUCGCCCACUGACUAGCUUUGGUCCCAGCUCAGCAGCUUCUCUAUUGAAAAUACCUAAAUUAGAUGAUGACACAGUACCUGGAAGUAGUUUCAGUCUGGAGCCUCGAAGCACAGCAGCAUUAUCUGAUGAAAAUGCAAGCAUUGAAGUGCGUCAAGUUCCACCACAAGAUGCCAUUGUUGACAAGGGAAAGAAACCUCUAUCACCUCAAGUUAAUACCAGCGGGAGAAAAUUUAUAUCUGACAGAGCGCCCCCUGCUGUACCAGUCAAAGAACCAACAGUUGAACCGGGAGCCUCUCUGUUACCGAAAAACAAAAUGCCUCUUACUUAUUCUUUUAUCGAGCCCAAGGAUGAGCCUAUUGAUGAUAUACCAGAUUAUGAGGUUCCCAUUGCGGUGGUUCCAUCUGAACCAUCAGGUGGAAGAGAUGGUGCAACUGGAAAGCAAGAUGGCCAUGGCACUGUGGCAUCACAAUGCAGAGAGCCCCCUGCAGUACCAUGUAAAGAGCCAACAGUUGAACCAGGAGCCUCUUAUGCUUUGAUAGAGCCCAAGGAUGAGCCUGUUGAUGAUAUGCCAAAUUAUGGGGUUCCCAUUGCAGUGAUUCCUUCUGAACUAUCAAGUGGAAGAGAUUCUUCAAUGAAGAAUGGUGCAGCUGGAAAGCAAGACUGCCAUGACACUGUAGCAUCACAAUGCAGAGAUGAAGAAAUUGGAGGUGAAGAUAUUCUUCCUUUCUCAAAUGAAGAAGCAACUUCUAAUGUAGAGAUAGCCUCGUCAUCUAUGGGAGAGGAAGGACCUGUAAAUAAAACACUAACUGUUGACGUGUCCAAGGAAUCUGAGGCAAAUAGUAGUUUGAUUGUCAGAGGAAAGAAAGAUUCCGUUAUGCCCUCUUGCAUUUCAAAUGGAUCAAUCAAUGUUAAGACUUCUUCUUUGGUUGCACCUGAAGUUCCCAUUUCUCUACCCUGUCGGAGUGGUCUGGAUGAUGCUGUACUAGUUUCCAUGAAGGAUGGAAUGAAUGAUUUCAUAGAAAGUGAUGGUGGGAAGGAGCGCGAAGAUCCGAUAUCUCCAAAUUCAUACCCAAAGCAUCAUGUUACAACUAAGGAUAUAAUGACUAUUUGUGACGUUAAUGAUCUAACAAAGGGAGAAGAAAGAGUGAAAAUUUCAUGGGUUAAUAAUAUCACUAAUGAUUCCCUACCAUCCUUUCACUACAUACCACGAAACCUUGUUUUUGAAGAUGCUUAUGUUAAUAUUUCUCUAUCUCGCAUUGGGAAUGAGGAUUGUUGUUCAACUUGUAUGGGCAAUUGUGUCCUAUCAUCUAAACCAUGUUCUUGUGCAAAUAAAACUGGGGGUGAAUUUGCUUACACUGCGCAAGGCCUACUAAAAGAAGAGUUCUUGGAAGAGUGUAUUGCCAUCAGCCGCAACCCUCAAAAUUAUUUCUGUUGCAAAUACUGCCCGCUGGAAAGAGCAAAGAAUACUGAUUGUCUGGAACCAUGUAAAGGACACUUAAAAAGGAAGUUUAUUAAAGAGUGCUGGAGCAAAUGUGGCUGUGGGAAACUUUGUGGCAAUCGGGUUGUCCAGCGUGGAAUAACUUGCAACUUGCAGGUGUUUUUAACUUCAGACGGAAAAGGGUGGGGUCUUCGUACCUUAGAGGACAUACCGAAAGGUGCAUUUGUAUGUGAGUUUGUUGGAGAAAUUUUAACUGUGAAAGAGUUGCAUGAGAGGAAUUUGAAAUAUCCCGAAAAUGGGAAAUAUAGGUACCCAAUUAUAUUAGAUGCAAAUUGGGAUUCAGAAGUUCUGAAGGAUAAAGAAGCUCUUUGCUUAUAUGCAGCAUCGUAUGGAAAUGCUGCUAGGUUUAUUAAUCACAGAUGUUUGGAUGCAAACUUGAUUGAGAUCCCAGUUGAAAUUGAGGGUCCAUCUCAUCACUACUAUCAUUUUGCCUUCUUCACAGCCAGAAAAAUAGAAGCACAGGAAGAGCUCACUUGGGAUUAUGGCAUCAACUUUGAUGACCAUGAUCAUCCUGUCCAGCUGUUCCGGUGCAGAUGUGGCAGUAAAUUCUGCAGGAAUAUGAAGCGAUCAAAUAGAUCCAUUAGAUCGUCAAUUGCAAGAUGAUAGCCAUUCUUAUGCUAAACCAAUUUUUCUGUCAAGACCCAACCUACUGAAGUAUUCUUUUUUUAUUUUUUUUAUUGUUCUUCUUGUAGGUUGGAUAUUGUUUACUUUGUACACCAUCUGGUAAAAAAAGAAAGAAAAUAACCUUUAGGUAGUAGCAAUUCUGAAUCUUUGGUGUCUUGUGGCAUCAUUCAUGGGGGUUCGUUGAAUGCUAAUGGAUGAUUGUAUUUUGGAAGUUUAUGUUGUGCUAAAUGCAUGACAGACUAAUUGUUAAGAAAACUUUUCUGGAAUUUAUUU